GCUACUUUUCUAACGUCUAUAUUCUUACCGUUGUAAAUUUUGAGUCUCAAAUAAGUUACCGUUUGUGAAUGAGCUUGACAAUGGCAGUGAACGUUGAUGCAGAGUACCUCAAAGAGAUAGAGAAAACUCGUAGAGACCUUCGAGCUCUCAUCUCUUCCAGAAACUGUGCUCCCAUUAUGCUCCGUCUUGCAUGGCAUGAUGCAGGAACCUAUGAUGCCAAGAAGAAAACCGGAGGUCCCAAUGGAUCAAUCAGGUUCAAGGAAGAGCUAAACCGUCCACACAACAAGGGUUUGGAGAAGGCAGUCGCUUUUUGCGAGGAAGUAAAGGCUAAGCAUCCGCGAGUCUCUUACGCAGACCUCUAUCAGCUCGCUGGAGUUGUUGCAGUGGAGGUUACUGGGGGCCCUGCAAUCCCAUUUACACCAGGCCGUAAGGAUGCUGAUUCCCCGGACGAUGGAGAACUUCCAAAUCCAAAUGAAGGUGCCUCACAUUUAAGAACUCUCUUCUCCCGUAUGGGUCUAUCGGAUAGAGACAUUGUAGCUCUCUCUGGGGGUCACACUUUGGGGCGUGCACAUAAGGAGAGGUCAGAUUUCGAAGGUCCUUGGACACAAGAUCCUCUCAAGUUUGAUAACUCAUAUUUCGUAGAGCUUCUAAAAGGGGAGACGCCAGGAUUGCUACAACUGAAAACCGACAAGGCUCUACUUGAUGAUCCAAAGUUCCACCCUUUUGUUAAGCUGUAUGCAAAGGACGAGGAUAUGUUCUUCAAAGCCUAUGCAAUUUCACACAAGAAACUUUCAGAACUAGGAUUUAAUCCGCCAAGAAGAAUUCCUUCAGCAGUGACGCAGCAGACGCUUGGAAUCGCUGUUGCUGCAGCUGUGGUGAUCUUUACCAUAUGCUACGAAGCAAGCAGAAGAGGCAAGUGAAGAGGUUUCGCAGAUGCGAAAACGGAUAAGAGAAAACUUACAAAUGUUCAUUGAAUGUAUGCAAUAAAUAAAAAGAUUUAUGCAAU